UGAAUUUGUGAUGUUGAGAAUACUUCUUAGAAUAACCCCUGGAAUAUUUCAGUAAAUUUGAAAAAUUGGAGACUAUACAUGAAGAAUGCCUUGAGCCCUCUAUAUGCUGCCAUACGCCAUGAACUGAAUCAAGUUUCUCUGGUCUCGGCCUGUCGGCCCUUGAGAAAAACGUUUUUCCAUGAAUUAGUGAAAUGUGGCUGAACUUUGGCCAGCAGUUAUUAUUAGAACAAGCCCACAGUCCGGAUGUGAGAUAUUUAUUUUUCCAACAUCAUCUCUUAAACGGAAGUAUUCUUCCGCCUAUCUGGAACGAAUAUUUUGUUCUGUCGCAACUCGCCACCACAAUACGAGACUACGUCAUGGUUGGUUGAAACCAGGCGAAACGGAAAAUUCUCCACGUCAUUUCGUAAUCGCAAAUGUGAAUGUAUUUAUGCACGUUAGUCGAAUCGUAAACAAGAUGGAGGGUAUAUACAAAUCGCCGGUGAUAAAGGAAGAGAAGCUCGAAGUGAAGCGGGGCUCACUGGAGAUGCCAAAGGACUCCAAGCUAAGUUGGCGUAAGCUUUGGAAAACGCGAUACUUUGUGUUCUGUGAAGUAAAGAAGGGGGAGUCGCGAAAGUUGCCCCUGUAUUUCUACAAAUCAAGAUCGGCAUAUAUGGCAGAUGAAUUACCCGAAGGAUUAAUUGAUCUUACCGAUGCAAGCGAGAUUGGCAUGAUAGGCCACAAAAUUGGCGGCCAUGAGCACAUCAUCAGCAUGAAGACACCUAACGGCUGCUACUACGUCUCCGCAGCGUCGUGCGCGGACAUGUUCAAUUGGAUUAUACCAUUGCGGUCAUACCGAUUCAACGACGAAUCCGAGUUUCCGAGUGUGACGCAGAUAGAGGCAGAGAGACGGUCAAGUACAUGGGAUUCUUCGAAGACUCCACGAGUUAGAUCUCCGUCUGCGUGGAGUGCUCCAGAAGGAGUUUUUGGGUCGCCACAGUUUACGACAAAGGAUUACACAAAUAUUUCCCGGAAUGAAAAGCUGCGAAAAAGGCAUUUCUGUAACAAAUGUCAGAAAAUAAAAGAAGAAUUCCAACCAGAGGACACGUACGGGUAUGUGAGGAGCCCUGAUGCAAAGAAAGAGGCCCCAAAACCGAAAGCUAGCCAUUUAUCGUCAACGGAAGACCUAUAUGAAGUAAUACCGGAUUUAUAUAAAUCUAAAGGUCCUGAAUACAUAAAUCUACGCCCGCCGAUGCCAUUGCCGUCAAUGCUCUUGCCGCCAUCGCCGCCGAAUCUUGCGGCGACAAAAGGACAAACGCCAGACCAUUGCAGUUCAAGCUCUGACAGCGAAUCGCAAGCCAGCGGUGGCUCGAUUGAUCGUGACGCGUUUUUCCAGCAUACACAAAGUAUCUACGUGGGAAAAGGUACAAAGGAAAACACUGGAAAUUCUACUGUUACUCAUUCUUCUAAUGAAUAUGAGGAUAUGAGAUUGUUUUCGAAAAAAUUAACAGAACUUUCUUCAAGGAGAUCAUUACAAUGGGAAGCCAAAAUCAACCACAGCAAAUUUGGGAAAACAUUAUCGAUCCCUAACAAUAUCAACAACUUAUGUGGGCCAACAUUUAACGCCAAAGUAAGUGCGAGUUACGAAAAUAUAUAUCGCUCCAGCACUUUGAGCUUGGAAAAGUCACCCAAUGUCUCAAAACAUUCAGCUAUGAUGUCACAAAAUUCACAACAAAGCAGCAAUGAUAUCAUUCAAAAACCAACCUUCAACAAUAACGGUCUACGUAGAUUGGAAGAGAACAGUGAGCCAAUUGGCGAGGCUGCGAGUGAAUCGGGACCUUGUAACGAGGCCACUAAGAGGCCGAUAGAGCAUGAUAGCAUCGACGAAAGCCCUUACGAACGCAUGUCCGGUGUAGCGGCAAUCGGGGUCACAGGUUCAAGCGAGGGUACUUUGUCGAAGGAUACGGCAACAGGGGCAAAUGGCCGUUUAAACAAAGAUGCUGUGAUACCGCAAUAUAUUUUAAAGAAAUUCGACAAUAUAAAAUUUGAAUUUAUAACCGACAUUUAG